CAACCCUCCCACCUGACUAAGUUUCUCACCGUGGCUGACAGAUGGUGUGUUUAACGCUUGUGGGUGUUUUGUUAAGUGUUCGAAAAAACGUUUGAGAAGAACAAGAGUUAACGCACGCACAAAACAAUCAGGUGUAUGGGAUCAUGAGUGCUUUAGUCUCUUUUUUGCAAAGACGUCAAUUCUGUAGACUUCUGCAAAGAGCUUCGUACUUUUCACCCAGCCGUCUAUACAGUGUCACUGGGGAACAUACCAGAGAGAAGAAUGUUCCAUACACUAAGACUCUUAAAGAAGAUGGGUACAAAGAGAGUCAACCUACCAAGCCUCUUCCCAAAUCUGCAGAUGUUGUCAUAAUUGGAGGAGGCAGCUUGGGCUGUCAGACUCUUUAUCACCUCACUAAGAUGGGGAUGACAAACAUAGUACUCUUGGAGAGAGAUCGACUGACGUCUGGAACUACUUGGCAUACUGCAGGUCUUUUAUGGCAACUUCGUCCAAGCGAUGUGGAGGUAGAGCUUCUGGCACACACUCGACAAGUAGUAAGUAGUGAUUUGGAGCAAGAAACAGGACUGAGCACUGGCUGGAUCCAGAAUGGGGGGCUUUUCAUUGCUUCAAACAAGCAGCGUCUCGAUGAAUACAAAAGACUCAUGACGCUUGGCAAAGUCUAUGGGAUUGAGUCUUAUGUUCUGUCUCCUGCUGAAACGAAGGAUUUAUAUCCUCUGAUGAAUGUAAAUGAUCUAUAUGGUACAUUGUAUGUUCCAAAAGAUGGUACAAUGGACCCUGCAGGUACUUGUACAACCUUGACCAGAGCUGCUGCAGCAAAAGGAGCAACGGUUAUUGAAAAUUGCCCUGUAACAGGUAUCCAGGUACAGACAAAUGAUCUUGGUAUCAGAAAAGUGGAGGCUGUUGAAACAAAAUAUGGCUCAAUCAUGACACCUUGUGUUGUCAACUGUGCAGGUGUGUGGGCUAAUAAGCUUGGUAGAAUGGCCAGGGUGAAUGUACCACUGAUUGCAAUGCAUCAUGCCUAUGUGGUCACUGAGAGGAUUGAAGGAAUACAGAAUAUGCCCAAUGUUCGAGACCAUGAUGCUUCUGUUUACCUUCGUCUGCAAGGUGAUGCACUUUCUGUUGGAGGUUAUGAGGCAAACCCCAUCUUCUGGGAUGAGGUGUCAGACGAGUUUGCAUUUGGUUUAUUUGACUUGAACUGGGAUGUUUUUAUGCAGCACAUUGAAGGCGCUAUAAAUCGUGUACCUGUCCUAGAAAAAACAGGAAUAAAAUCUACAGUCUGUGGUCCAGAAUCCUUCACUGCUGACCAUAAGCCUUUAAUGGGUGAGGCUCCAGAAGUGCGUGGGUUCUUUCUGGGCUGUGGAUUCAAUAGUGCAGGUAUGAUGCUUGGGGGUGGAUGUGGCAAGGAACUGGCCCACUGGAUAAUCCAUGGCCGUCCAGAGAAGGACAUGUAUGGAUAUGACAUUAGGAGGUUUCAUCGUUCUCUUACGGAUCAUAAUCGCUGGAUUAAAGAACGCAGCCAUGAAUCGUAUGCCAAAAACUAUUCUGUUGUGUUCCCUUAUGAUGAGCCCCUUGCAGGUCGAAAUAUGAGAAAAGACCCCUUGCAUCAGGAACUACUUUCCCAAGGCUGUGUAUUUCAAGAGCGCCAUGGAUGGGAGAGGCCAGGCUGGUUCAGCCAGAAGGGAUCAGCUCCGGUUUUAGACUAUGAUUACUAUGGGGCAUAUGGUUCACAAAAGCAUACAAAUUAUAAAUACAACAAACUCCUAGGUGCAGAGUACACCUUUGAUUUCCCACCACAUCAUGAUGUUAUAAGGAAUGAGUGUCUGACCUGCAGAAAUGCUGUGGCUGUGUUUAAUAUGUCUUACUUUGGCAAGUUCUACCUGGUAGGACCUGACGCUAAAAAGGCUGCAGACUGGCUGUUUACUGCUGAUAUCAAUAAGCCUCCAGGCUCCACAGUUUACACAUGUAUGCUGAACAAGAGAGGUGGCACUGAGAGCGACCUCACAGUGAGUCGGAUUGAGCCAAGACCACAAAGCUCUGUUUUGGCCCCAGCAUUUGAAGGCUAUGGUUACUACCUCGCCAUAGGUGGUGCAGUGGCACAGCAUAACUGGUCACACAUUAAGACUGUGCUUCAAGACCAGAAGUUUCAGUGUGAGUUGUUGGAUUGUUCAGAAGAUUUGGGGAUGAUCAGCAUUCAAGGACCACAGAGUCGCUCAGUGUUACAAGAGGUCAUUGAUACUGACUUAAGCAAUGAAGCCUUUCCAUUCUCUACGCACAAAAUAGUGAAGGCAUGUGGCCAUGAGGUUCGUGCCAUGCGUUUGUCCUUUGUGGGUGAGAUGGGCUGGGAGCUGCACAUGCCUAGAGCUGCUUGUGUUCCUGUUUACCAGGCAGUAAUGGCAGCUGGAGCAAAAUAUGGAAUCAGCAAUGCUGGUUAUAGAGCUAUUGAUUCACUCAGCAUUGAAAAAGGCUACAGGCACUGGCAUGCUGACCUCCGUCCAGAUGACACUCCUUUGGAAGCAAGUCUGGCAUUUACCUGUAAACUGAAAGGGACAACUCCAUUUCUUGGCCGAGAAGCUUUAGAGGCUCAGAAAGCUCGUGGAUUGCAUCGACGACUCUUGUGUUUCACCAUUGAGGAAAAAAUUCCGAUGUUUGGACUAGAGGCUAUCUUUAGGAAUGGAAAGCCAGUGGGUCAUCUGCGCAGGGCAGACUUUGGGUUUGCCAUCAAUAAGACAAUUGGCUAUGGCUACAUCAGAGAUCCAGAAGGAGGAAUUGUCAGCCCUGAUUUUGUGAAAUCUGGAGAGUACACUUUAGAGCGCAUGGGUGUGGUUUACUCUGCAACUGCCUAUCUGAAAUCUCCUUUCGACCCCGAAAACAAGCGAGUGAGAGGGAUCUACUAAAAUGACAUGGAGGACAUCAGUUGUUGUGUCAUUUGUCUUUUCAUAAUUUGUACCGUAGGGCAAAUCUGUCUAGUGAAUUCUGCAGGACAGCAAUGUCAUAUUUUCUUCCCCUCUCAAUUAAGUGAUUUCUUUGAUUCUGAAGUUAUUCCUUUCAUUCUCUUAUCUUGUUUUUUUCAGUCACAUUAAAAGAAACAUCAGUAUGUAAGUAGCGGAUCAAAGGACAUUUAUGUAAUGGUGCAGUGGUGCAGUCACUGGUUUACCGUAUGUGUGUUCCCAUAUAGUCAGAUGGUGCUAACAAAAUGGGAAUAAUCUCUUCACUUAACAGUGGACUGGCAAACUUUAUGAUGAAAUAUAUGCCCAAAAACAUUUCUAACAAUGUGAAGUUAAUGCACGAAAAGGAUCCAGAGCUUUAUAUACUUUUCUCAAAAGUAGUUGAAAGGGACAGCGUGAAUGUGACAUUUUAUUUGUGGUUAGUAAUGCACACUUUGCAGAUACAGUAUUCACAUUUUUCUCUGAAAGAAGUCUUAUAAUUCCAAUCAUUCAUUUUUCAAAUACAGUUUUUGUACCAAAACAAGUGUUACUAUUACUAAAAUAAAAUUCUCCACUGAUCCAGUUUGGAGAAAAUAA